GUGAAAAUGUCUUCCUUUGUUUUUUUAAUCGAAUUCUAAAGGCACAACCUAGAUUCGAGCCAAUGUCUAAAGUAGAUGAAUGUUACCACUCUAACCUCGUGAACGUGACAAACUGAAACGUUUUCAUUUGUGUCUUUAUAUCAAAGAGUGUCUUUGAUACGACUGUGUGCACACGCGCAGUUUGGCGCGAGACGACCAUUAGACCCUAUAACGUGUCUCUACGCAUGAGCUUUGCUAGCCAACGUCGCCCUGACAUCGCCUACAAACGUGAUCGGGGAUUUAAAUUCGAGAAGCAGUUUUAGCCUAUCUUUAUACUGUACUGUCUUUGAUAUGGCCAUUCCACAAGCGUAUCUAGAUGAUGUUCGUUUCCGGGUGCGCCUUACAUCGCAAUCCGGUUCCCUGCGGUUCGGAAUAAGGACCGGGGCGUUUCUAAAAGAAAGCCUCAAAACCCGACCUCCAACGGGCUUUUCAAGGGAUUUUGAAGCGGCGUUCCCUCCGCUUUCAUAUGCUACGCGCCCCGGCGAGGGUGCACUGCACCGGCGCUCAAUGGUGGUGCAAUUCUCUCUGCGUUAGCAUACUAGCUAACAACAUCGAUUUCUACUCCACCCCCUCUCUAACCGGCUGUAGCUACUAGGCAAUACCCAGUAGCUAGGGGUGAGCUGUAAAACCCAAUUUGCCCAUUCAAUUCCUCCUCAUCACAUCCAUCCACAGCGCUAGAAGAUUGUUGACUUGGGAGGGCCAUUGCAAGACUAUUCUUGAAGGAUCCCUGCAUCGGAUUCGGGAUUUAAGGCCCUCGGGGUUUAACCCGCAAUCAUUUCAUUCAUAAACUCCCCAAAGCCUGUCUUCUCGGUCAAUGUUUUGGUCAGUUUUAAUACAAUGUUUAAACUUAUUUUACGUAAAUCGUACCAGUUCGUGAUUUUUCCUUUCUACCUCAACACUUCAUUUUAAUUCUCUUCCCAGCCGUCUUAGUUAAACUAGCUAUAUCUGACGGCCCCUUUCCUUCCCAUCAACCUUGGAGCCCAAUUAGGUUUAGCUGCUUCUGGCAAUCUGUGCAACGAUCGCUGCUCAGUGGUAACUGCUCGCAGCACACUGUGCUCAUCUCUCGUGGGGAAGAUAUCAGAUAAUAGGACGCCUCCUACUCGGACAGUGCGAGACCUCGGGCUCCGACACGAAUACGGUGGCCUGUGUAGCCAGCAAUAGAGCUCUGUGGAAAUCGAAUCCUCCACACAGACGGUGCUCAGGUGCUCGCAAUGCCCGGCCCGGCGGCCGGCAGUAAAUCUCGGGUGUACGCCGAUGUCAACACUUUGAAGAGCAGGGAAUAUUGGGACUAUGAAGCCCACGUGCCUAGCUGGAGUAACCAGGAAGACUACCAGUUGGUGCGGAAGCUCGGCAGGGGGAAGUACAGUGAGGUCUUUGAGGCCAUCAACAUCAACAACAAUGAGAAGGUGGUGGUCAAGAUCCUCAAGCCUGUCAAGAAAAAGAAAAUCAAGCGGGAAAUCAAGAUCCUGGAGAAUCUGCGAGGGGGAACCAACAUCAUCCGAUUGGUGGACACUGUGAAAGACCCUGUGGAGCUCUACCAGAAGUUAACAGAUUUUGAUAUACGUUUUUACAUGUAUGAACUACUAAAGGCUCUGGACUACUGUCACAGUAUGGGUAUUAUGCACCGGGACGUCAAGCCCCACAAUGUGAUGAUUGACCACCAGAUGAGGAAGCUACGCCUGAUAGACUGGGGCCUUGCAGAAUUCUACCAUCCUGCACAGGAAUACAAUGUCCGAGUAGCAUCUCGCUACUUUAAGGGACCUGAGUUACUGGUGGAUUACCAGAUGUAUGACUAUAGUUUGGACAUGUGGAGUCUGGGCUGCAUGCUGGCCAGUAUGAUCUUCCAGAAAGAGCCCUUCUUCCAUGGCCAGGACAAUUAUGACCAGCUGGUCCGAAUUGCCAAAGUCCUGGGGACAGAUGAGCUUUUUGGUUACUUGCGCAAAUACCACAUUGAACUGGACCCACGCUUCAAGGACCUUCUUGGCCAGCAGACACGGAAACGCUGGGAGCAGUUUGUCCAGACAGACAACCAGCACCUGGUGAGCCCUGAGGCUCUGGACCUGCUGGAUAAGCUGCUGCGCUACGACCACCAGCAGAGACUGACGGCCACAGAGGCCAUGGAGCACCCCUACUUCUAUCCUGUGCUAAAGGAACAGUCUCUCUCUAAUGCGGAUGGCAAUAUGGUGUCCAGUGGAUCCACUACAGCUCGAUGAAAGCAGAAGAACAUUUGUUACCUCAAAUUUUGACCCCUUUGUGGCAGAAUCCUCUUCAAGUGUACAGUGACAAUGGAUCAAAGCACCGCCAACCAGUAAUACCCUCAGAUGUUCAUACGGGCACACACACACACAUACGUGAACACACUCACACCCUCCUCUGUGUCAGUCCAUGGUUGGCUUGCCCCAGUUACAUGUGAAGCAGCCAGACCAAUGAGCUUGAUGUCUCACCUCUGCCUCUGCCCCCCUUCCUCUUAUCAUUAGGUAAACAGAAAGUUUCAAAGACUAGAAAAAAAGGAUACUUUCCUGUCAUUAGCCCCCCCCUCCCUCGUUAAACUAAGCAUGAAGAAUGAAAAGGAGCGUGAGCCUGCCCCCGCCUUCCCUCGGUCUGUCUGUCUGUCCGUCUGUGUUCAGUAUUCAGCCCCUCGGCAGACUUGAGCUCAGCCUCCACACACUGUAGUACUGAAGUGGCAUGGUGGACCUUUUCUCUGCUCUAGGUAGAAUGAUGAUAAUAAUAUUAAUGAAAAUAAAGGAUUUUUAUUUAGA